CCUGCUACAAGAUGUACGCGCUCCUAUCGUUACUUAUUCUGGCUAGCCUUGGAGUCAAUGCUUUCGGCGCAACGUACUCCCAGUCCGACAGCCACACGGGGACUGGAUUCCUCAAGUCGUUCACCCACGAGGCAAUUUCCGACCCUACACACGGUCGAGUGAAUUAUGUGGAUCAGUCGACCGCCCUUGCGAAGAACCUCACCUUUGCGAGUGGGGACACGUUCAUCAUCCGCGCCGACCACACCACGACCCUGAGCUCAAGUGGCCCCGGACGGGACUCGGUCAGACUGCAGAGCAAUAAGCAAUACACGACCCACGUUACCAUUUGGAACAUCCGCCAUAUGCCACAAGGAUGCGGCACCUGGCCCGCUGUGUGGGAGGUCGGCGCUGACUGGCCCAACAAUGGUGAAGUGGACAUCCUCGAGGGCGUCAACGACCAGUCGCCCAAUCAGGCCACGCUGCACACGAGCUCAGGGUGUUCGAUGCCGUCAUCGCGCGAUCAAUCAGGGAAUUCUGUCGGAAACAACUGCGAUACUGCCUCCACCAACAACGCCGGGUGCGGGGUCCAGGUGACCCAAUCGAAUAGCUACGGCCCCUCAUUCAAUUCGAAUGGCGGCGGCUGGUACGCGAUGGAGCGCACCGACACCGAGGUCAAGGUCUGGUUCUGGCCCCGCAACGGCAACGUCCCUUCUGACGUCGCGAACGGCGAAACCACCAUCGACACCGACGGCUGGGGCCAACCCUUCGCGUACUUCCCGGACACAGACUGCGACAUCAACUCCCACUUCGGGCCGCAGAACCUGAUCAUCAAUCUCACGUUCUGCGGCGACUGGGCUGGCGCCGUUUUCGACUCUGACAACUGCCCUGGCGACUGUGCUACCUAUGUCAAUGAGAACCCCGCCGCGUUCACGAACGCGUACUUCGACAUUGCCUGGCUCAAGAUCUACGAGUGAAGCACUCGUUCCAACUGCGCUCCCUCGUUUGCCAUGAAACCCUCGUCACGACC